AUGGAAAUAUGUGCAUCAAACAAAUUGUUACUUGAAGGAAUUGCAAAAUAUGGAAGUAAGAAUAGUUGGGACAAAAUAGCUAUUAUGAUUCCUGGAAGAAAUAGAAAACAAUGUAGAGAACAUUUUAUUAAUAAAUUCAAUAAUAUAAGACAUAGACCAUGGACCAGUGAAGAAGAUAAUGAAAUAUUAACAAGAAGAAAAGAAUUUGGAAAUAGAUGGACUCAAAUUGCAACAUUUCUUGAUGGCAGGUCUCCAAAUGAUGUGAAAAAUCGUUUUUUUUGGGAGGCUUAA